AUGAACAAUCAGGCUAAUUUUAGGGCCCUUCAAGAUCGACUCCUCGAUCAGUUCGACGUCGAACAGCUUCAAAGAGCUUUGCAAAGGCGACGGCCGGCCUCGCAAGUCCUUUCCCAAUCUUGUGUUGACCCUGCAACGGAGCUGCCGGUCUCUCCAGGAGUGACGGGUUUCACCGCCGCAAGGAAUUGGCCAGAUGUCUCUGCCGGUGUUGUCAGUGAAUGCAGUGCUGCGCCAUCCAUCGACGUGGACGCAGACCUCGCUUUCUGGACUACUUUAGCGGGCUGGGAUGGACCAGAGUUAAACCUCCCGCCAAUGCCGUCAGGUAGGAUGCUACCCUUGCUCCGUAUUCCUCUCGACCGCACUCUGUUGACUCGUUAUGAUCUUGCAUUCCCUACAGGCCCUCUUCAACAGUCUCUACCAAUUCCCACCUUCGUGAACAAUGGGGCCGCCGAUGCUUACGAUUUCCAUGUCCCCACGGAGGUCGUUCAUGAACUCAUCGACUUGUUCUUCGAUAGUGUCCAGUGUUUCCUCCCUCUCUUCCACCGGCCGAGGUUCGUGCAUCGAUUCAAGACCCUGAUCGACGAAGGGUCAGGCUAUUCCGAUUUGAAGAAAGAAGAUGCUUUCAUCCUGAGCGGUGUCAUGGCCAUGUCCGCUCGCUUCUCCACUUCUUCCUUCUUCGACGACGUGGCACCAUAUGCGAGAGGUCAGGUCUUCGCGGCAAAGGCCCGCGCACUUUACGAUACCGCAUUCUCCUAUGAGGGCCGCUGGCAGCCCUCAAUGGCCCUUCUCCAGGGCUGCAUCUUGUUGUCAUUCCACGAACAAACGAGUCGACCAUCGACGAACUGCUGGUUUCUAAUUGGAUCCGCGGUCCGCCUCGCUUUGGAGUUGGGUCUCAACAAUAUAGAUGCGGAACGGGAUGAGUCUCAGCUCACUUCGAGGCCAGCAGAUGAGUGGGUCUUGAUCGAAGAGCAGAGACGGGCAUGGUGGGCGGUCUGGGAGCUGGAUGUCUUCUCAUCUACCAUCCUUCGGCGGCCGUAUUGUAUCGACAAAGAACAUAUGUGCGUUCUAUUACCCAUUCCCGACCCUGAGUGGUUCGCCGACACUCCUGUUCCGUCUACUAUGAUCAACACCGACUCGGCCCGGAUCUGGGACACGCUUCACGAGCAUUUGCACCUGGGCGCCCGGGCUUGGUUUUUAAUCUCGACAUUUCUCAUGGCCAGAGCCAACGACUUCCUCCUACACACCGACACCUCUUUGGAGAAUAUCGACACUUUUGAAGCAACUCUCCCACUUUUCAUGCUCCUGUUGCCACCAGAGUAUGACUUGAGGCCGACAGGGUUUCUUUUCAAUGAGAGGAACUUUGCAUCCUACAAUUGGAUCAUCUCCAUGAACGUCAUGCUACAUACUGUUCGCGUCCUACUGAGAAAAGCAAGAGAAGCUCGAAGACAACCUCGAAAUAAGCAACCAACAGAUGACAUGGUUGAGGAACCGAUACGCUGUCCGUUCGACACCCAGACAGUCUUCCGCGCAAUGCAGGCCUGGGGCCCCGAGUAUAUCGCGCAAGCCUGCCCAUUCAUUACCUGUACCAUUGUUGGCCCGUCGCUAGACAUGAUCCGUACUGCCCUGCACGCAGACAAGGCUUCUGAUCAUGAUCACCAUAUCCAGCUCAUCAAGCUCGUCCUGAGACGGAUCGGCAGAUACUGGGACAUUGGAAACUGCGCGCUCAGGCUCGUCGAAAUAUCUGAGAGAGAAUCCGACCUCGCUGGUCAAGGCUGCGAAUCGGAACUAUCAGGCCUCCGCAAGAGCUUUUCUUUGCUUGUUGGCAGCUCAAGGUUACAAGCGCCACUCUCUGAGAGCCCUUCUUCUAGUGAACGGUAGCGAUCAGCCCAUCAUUGACAAUCGUCAGCCUGCAACAACACAUGACUCUUGUUUGGAAUAUUAGGCCGUGUCUGGAAAUUCAAGAGCAUCUGAUUGUAAAAUUGACACAUCAAACGCACCAUCGUGAUCGAUUCGACUACGGCACGAACGCCACCUCGCCAAACGUAUGUGUCAAUACUACCACCCUCCUUCUGACAACCACUACAACUUCGGGACCAGCAAGUA